AUGCAUGGAGUAUUUAUUUCAGUUGCCAAAGAAGGAAAAUUCAAAUUUCUUCAGCUGACUCUUUUCGUGGCAAUGCAGGAGAUUUGGACACUCUGUCGAAUUCUGAAACGAAUCCCAACCUACAAAAAGUUCGUAGCUGCAGUUAUACCAGCAACUGAACAAAAGCCCAUUAAUUGUGAUUCAAAUUCAAAAACAUGCAGCUUUGAAUCUGAAACCAGUACUGAGCAGGAUGUAAGUUUUGGAUACUCAUUUGUUCAAAGAAAUGAACGGAAGCCUGUCACCAGAGACCAAGUUGACCAUGAAAGGAAUCACCUUUUUAUGGGUGGUCAGUAUGAUUCAGUAACUGAAGCUCCAUUUACUGCAGCGUACCAGGGCUUUCGGAACACAGGUAUUGGAGAUGAUUUCUUCGUUAAUGGAAACUGGGAUGACCUAAGAACAGUGGUUGAUCUAGCCAUCGAUCCAGCUCAAGUUUAUGACGAAUGUACAUGGUAG